AUUAUGACAUGUCUCUGUCCUGAGCAUUCAUUAAUGCUUAUAACAGAUGUCAUUAAGUGUUAUCCGGCAAAUGAUCUCACUUUUGAAUGGAUGCAAAAGAUCCAAGAUGUACAAAAAUUGAGUUAGUGACAUAAUUUGCCAAAUGACACUUAAUGACAUAAGCAUUCAGUAACGAUAGUGUCAUGUCAUAAUUUUGAUGAUCUUAUGACAGUUUUAUGACACCGCUGUCAAAUAAAGUGUUACCUAAAAAAAUCAACAAAUAAGCCGCACUGGACUAUAAGCCACAGGUAUCAAAAUGAAGGAAAAAAGUAGCGGCUUAUAGUCUGAAAAUUACGGUACACAUAAAAUGUCAAACAUUGUGAACAUGUGACGGAAACUAUGAAGCAUUUUCAUCUCGUUCUCGUCUUUUCAGAUGAAAACUGGCAUUAGUCUCGUUAUGUUUUAGUCUCCGAAACAGGGGCAUCACUAGCUUUUAAGAAUCAGGGGGGCUUAGCCCCCAGGAGAUGGCAAGGAUGUAAGUGAACGUUAUAUAUAUACAUUUAUAUAUUUUUAAUGAUAGAAGGUAAUGCCAUGACUUUCGCUCACAACACAGUACUGUAAUUGUUUGUUCCUGAAUAUUUGUAAGUCGCACAAAUGUCUGUAAUUUAGAACCCUGAAAAAUACUACUAAUUUCUUGAUUUCUAAUUUGUUGAAGUAAUAUCUGGGUCAGGGGUAAUUUGUCUCACACACCCACCCUGCUAGAUGAGGACCUGCGAGGCAUCUAUUUCUCAAACUAGAGACUCUUAUGUAUUUGUCUUCUUGCUCGGUUGUGCAGCGGGGCCUCCCGCUUCUCUUUCUACUCUGCUUGGAUCUUGUUUGUGCUGCUCUCUGAACGGAGUUGUACUCAGCGUUAUUGGAAAUCUUCAAUUUCUUGGCAAUUUCUCUUAUGGAAUAGCCUUCAUUUCUAAGAACAGAUUGUCGAGUUUCACGUGAAAGCUGUCUUUUUCUGGCUAUUUUGAGAGUUUAAUCAAAUCCACAAAGGUGAUGCUCCAGAUACCCAACUAGCUCAAAGGAAGAUCGGUUUUAUAGCUUCUCUAACCACGUAAACUGUUUUGAGCUAACAUAAUUGCUCAAGGGUUUCUAUUCAUCUAUUAUCCUUCUAAGGCAACUAGCAAGCACAAUGUACCAAUAAAACACUGGAGUGAUGUUUGCCGUAAAUGGGCCUCUUUACAAAACUACGUAGAUAUUGCAUUAAAAUCGGACGUUGCCAGCUAGAAUAGUCAUUUACCACAUUAAUAAUGUAUAGAGUAGGGUUGUUCCAAUCAUGUUUUUUUGCUCCCGAUCCGAUCCCGAUCGUUUUAGUUUGAGUAUCUGCCGAUCCCGAUAUUUCCCGAUCCGAUUGUUUUUUUUUGCUCCCGAUUCAAUUCCAAUCAUUGCUGAUAAUUUCUCCCGAUCAUAUACAUUUUGGCAAUGCAUUAAGAAAAAAAUGAAUAAAACUCGGACAAAUAUAUACAUUCAACAUACAGUACAUAAGUACUGUAUUUAUUAUGACAAUAAAUCCUCAAGAUGGCAUUUACAUUAUUAACAUUCUUUCUGUGAGAGGGAUCCACGGAUAGAGACUUGUGACUUUGUAUAUUGUGACUAAAUAUUGCCAACUAGUGUAUUUGUUGAGCUUUCAGUAAAUGAUACUGCAGCCAUUCAACCCAAAAGCAUGAUGGGAAGUGGACCCAUGACUGUGCGUAGUGCUACCAAUGGAUAUAUCUUCUCUGCGUUGGGAAAUAACAUAAGGUGGUAAGAAAAAGAUCAUAUUUCUAAUCGUAGGUAGAGGGAUUGUAAGGCUUUAGCCUAUUACAAAAGGCUCCAAAGGCUGUCAAAAUUCACUCUACUCAUUUAACGCUCCCUUUUAUCUCUCUAAAUGGGUAAGACGGCACCAUUUCAGAUUGAGCGCGACAAUGCGUGAGUGGAUCGUGCAACGCAUGCAUUGAUUGUGUUAAAUAUUUAACGUGAUACAUUUUUAAAAAAUUAAAUACCACCGUUAUCGGUACCUUAAGCCUAAACUAAAGACUCUGGAUUAGAGUAACAUAUUAUGUCUGUAACGUUAAAUACAUUUAGAAAACGAUUUAAUUAAAAGAAAUAUAUAUAUCAAAAAAAGGCAUGGCCGGUAUUUUCUUGCCGAUUCCGAUACUUUGAAAAUGACGUUAUCAGACCCGAUCGAUCGGCAUCGGGACAUCUCUAGUAUAGAGUGUUUUUCUGAUUAGUUUAAUGUUAUUUCCAUUGAAAAAAACUGUGUUUUUCUUUCAAAAAGGAGGAAAUUUUUAAGUGACCCCAAACUUUUGAACGGUAGUGUAAGUCGCAGGCCUCCCCCCAAAAAGUGCAACUUCUAGUCCAGAAAAUAUGGUAAAUUUAAAUGUAAAUACAGCAGAAGGAUAAAAACAGCCACAUGAUUGGACGCCUGUCACGUCAAUGGCACUGAAAGAGUAUGUUACACAUUUUUGAUGGCAUCCAAAAAAGAAAAAAGUUCUCCAGCCGUGCAGCCAAAAGUCUGAAACUCCAAUCAGAGCCAGGAAAAAUCCUGACUGUUUGUGUUUGCCUGCACUAAAUUAUCCAGCAUUAGUCAUCAUGAAUGCAGACAGAAGCAGUGCAUUGUCAGCAAGCGUCCCACUGGGGCCCUGAUGUAAAACUCAAUGACUUAUCCCAGAUUACACGGCAAAGUUUACAUCUUGCAAUGGAGAAAAAGUGGCAGCAAAUCACUGCUUCGGUGCCAUUGACAAUGAUAAACGUCCAAUCGCGUAGCUCUUUUCGCUGUGAGUUUGUCACGACUAAUCUUGUCACGAUACAAAAAAUUAGGAGUCGACCGAAAAGGGAUUUUCAAAUGCAGAUGCCGAUAUCUAAAAAAAUUCUCAGCCGAUUCCCGAUAGCCAAAGCUAUCGAUAUACUGUUUUUUUAAGCACGUACAUGAUGAAAGGCAAUUUUUAAAAAAUUGCUUCAACAGCUUCAAAUUUACAGGAUUAUUUCAUUCUAGUGCUACCAAACCAGCGAACGCAGCACUUCUUUUUAUGAUUAUACACACUCAGCAAGAACAGCACAUUAUUUUAAAAUAAUUAAAGCCACCAGGACUUGAUGAGGAGAUGUAAACAAGUGAGAGUUUAAGUGGAUGUUCGCCAUGCUAAUGGUAAUGCUAACGGGAAUGCUACGCUAACGCUAUGAGUUACAUUUUAAGUGCGAGGAUCACUCAGUGAACAAGCUGCUGCAGGGUCCUUCCAGUGUCCUACUGUCAGUCAGCGGCGGCCACAGUUGCCCACACAGAUGCCAGAUCAGAAUCCUUUUUUAUCAGUAUUUAUUUAUUUGUUUGUUAAUUGGCCGAUGGCCGAUGUUGGGGAAAAAGUCCAUUUAUCGGUUGGCCUCUAUUAAAAAUUUUUACCUCGAUAUCGAUACUUAAAUUAACUUCAAUCGCAUUUUUUUGAAAUUACAUAAAUAGAAUUUUAAAACUUAAAUGUUUUUUUUAUUUGUAUUUUUUACUAACGCUCUGAUUUGCUGCCAGCCCUCCUUUUCCAAAAGGACUAUCAGUCAAUGGGAGACAGUAAGUUUCAUCAGCAUUUGUUGCUCCUGUUUCAGUGCCAUUGACGGCACUAGACGUCCAUUCAUUUGGACUGGGAGAGGGCUAAUGAAUAUUUUUUUUAAACAUACAGGUAGCCCCCGAGUUACGGCCGUAUUUAGUUCAUACGCUGGCGACGUAACCCGAAUUUCCGUGUAAGUCGGAAUUAACCCUUUAAGUACCCCUAAAUCUCAAAAUAACUAUCCAAAGUAUUGCAAUUUGUUUAAUGAUGAAGGAUACUCUGCCCUCUGGUGACAGGGUUAGGGUUAGGUACAUACAGUAUAUUGACAUUCAAUUUAUGUACAAUAAACAGCUACAUUAGAACUAAAGUGAAACCGUGUUUGGUUUAAAAUGAAUGAACUGAAUGGCUGCCGAUAACUUUUUGAAUUUUGCACUGAAGCUUUAUUUGAAGGAAAUGAAACGUGAAUUGAAAGAGCAGUAUCGGUCAGAAAAAUUUCCCAAAGUGAGAUUGUUUUCUAAAAUUGUUCAGCUCUAGAGGACACAUGAUUCAACUUAUUCAUUGAAGAACAACAACUACAGUGUUAUCCUGAUUUUUUGAUAUCACCAGGGUCUUGUGGCUCCCGAAAUUAUUAUUAUUUAAUAAUUUUUGAACAAGAGACAGCCGUAACGGCUGUUGGAGUAUUGAAGGCUGCCGACUCCGACGCUAGAUCAUCCCCGGGCUCGUUUAAAUAUACUGUACUGUAUGGUCACAGCGAUGUUAGAUAAUAUAUUAUUAUGUAAGCCAGAUUUUCUCAUCAGCAUCUGUUCUUGAUGGUAUAUUCCAUACUUUAUUCAAACAGCUGCGGCUGGGAUUUAGCCAUGAGUGUUUUCACAAGAUUGGAUUUUAGGAGGAAGUCCCAAAUUAUUACUUGUGUAACUCUCGCAUAGAAGACAAAAACACAGUGUUGCAGGAAAAGCAACAUAAAAAACUCUUUGGCUGCCAUUAACAGUAAUAGACAUCAAAUCCAUUUUGUCUGUGUGACUUGUGUAUUUAAUGUAGGGAACUCUGUCAUCAUAAUCGUUUUUGUUAUUGCCAUUAGUACUGUGCUAUAUGAUGAUAUAUAUUGCCAAAAUGAUAUCAAAUUUUCUAUCGACGUCAUUAUCGCAAUAAAUAGACCUGUUCCUGCAAUGCACAUUUUGGACGACGGAUGUCGCCCAAUUUGUGCUGACUUGCUCCAUUGAUUGGAUUCUAUAUUAGGGGUGUGACAAAAUAUCGAAAUGGUGGUGUGUCAUGAUAUUUUGUAUCCCAAAAGAUUGAUAUUGAGAUUGCAGUUUAGCGCACUGUCGAGCUAGGACUUAGCGCCAAUGUCUUGACGAAGAAAGUACAGUGACGCAUAAUAUGUUUUUUGAUAGUUAUUUUGAGAUUUAGGGGGUAUUUAGGGGUAAUUAAAGGGUUAAUUCCAACUUCCGCGUAAAUUCAGGUUACGUCGCCAGAGUAGGAACGGAACUCAUUCGCAACCCAGAGACUAAUUAAAAAUUUGUAAUUAAAUUUUUUUUUAAAUUUGUAAUUAAAAAAAUGUACAUUUCUGCAUUAUAUCACCAUCAAAUGUGAUUGAUCUCAGUUCAAAAUCACACAGAUUAAAUAACAGCGUCUGCUUUAACUAAAACCACCUAAACAUUUAUAGGUUUUCAUAUUUUAAUGAGUAUUGUAUGCAACAAAAACAAAAGAAGAAAAAAUAACUAAGUGAACCAUCACAUCUAAUAUUUUGUGCCCCCUCCCUUUGGCAGCAUUAACCUCAACCAGACACUUCCUGUAGCUGCAGAUGAGUCUGGCACAUCGAUCAGGAAUAAUUGUGGCCCAUUCUUCUCUUCAAAACGGCUGUAGUUCAGUCAGAUUCCUGGUAUGAAUCACUGUCUUUUGGUCAAGCAGCAGCAUCUCAAUGGGGUUCAAGUCUGGACUUUGACUUGGCAUCUCCAGAACAUUUAUUUUGUUCUUCUGAAACCGUUUUGAAGUUGAUUUACUUCUGGGUUUUGGAUCAUUGUCUUGUUGCAGCAUCCAUCCUCUUUUUAGCUUCAACUGUGUGACAGACGGCCUCAGGUUUUCCUGUUACACCUUUGAAUUCAUUCUUCCAUUAAUGAUUGCAAGUUGUCCAGGCCCUAAAGCAGCAAAACAGCACCAAAACAUGAUGCUCAUUCCACGGUGGGGAUGAGGUGUUGAUGUUGGUGAGCUGUUUCGUUUUUCCUCCACACACGACGUUGUGUGGUACUCCCAAGCAAUUCAACUUUGGUUUCAUCAGUCCACAAAAUAUUUUGCCAAAACUUCUGUGAAGCGUCCAAGUGCCUUUUUGCGAACAUUAAACGAGUACCGAUGUUUUUUUUUAGACAGCAGUGGCUUCCUUCGUGGAGUCCUCCCAUGAACAUGGUUCAUGGCCAUAGUUUUACAUGUAGUUGAUAUGUGCACAGAGAUAUUGGACUAUGCCAGUGAUUUAUGCAAGUCUUUAGCAGACACUCUAGGGUUCUUUCUUUAUCUCUCUGAGUAUUCUGCGCUGAAUUCUUGGCGUCAUCUUUGGUGGACGGCCACUCCUUGGGAGAGAAGCAACAGUGCCAAACGCUCUCCAUUUGUAGACAACUUCUCUGACUGUCGAAUGAUAAACAUCCAGACUUUUAGAGAUGUUUUUUUUUUUUUUUUUUUUUUGCUUUCCCAGCUUUAUACAAAUCAACAAUCCUUGAUAGCAGGUUUUUACACAGCUCUUUUGACCAAGCCAUGAUGCACAUCAAACAAUGCUUCUCAUCAAGACAAUUCUUACCAGAUUGACUGAAACAAGAGCAAGAGCGUCGACCGACAGGGGUGACUCCGACAACUCGGACAUGCACGAGCUAGAUCUCGUCUCUUGUAUCAUCUUGAAAGAAUGGUCUCCAAAAUGAUCAUUUAAGAAAUCUUCUCUAGUCGGGUUGACGUCUCACUGGUUGCCGUGGGUGAGGGAAAAGGCCUUUCUCUCUCUGUAGGUGUUCUCUAUUCCACUUUGCGUCUUCAUGUUUUGGGGGUCUUUGAGUGCCCCCGCCCUCUGCCGACCCCCCUGCUCCCGCUGCCACCACGGCCAGCCACCCCAGCCACUUCGUUGCCAUGCCAACAGAGACACUCGCUCCAGCUCUGCCAGAUAGCAAGGCCGCUGGCGCUGCAACACCCUUCAGUUCUGCCGUACCCCUCCGAAUUCUCAACAAGGGCCCGGAUUACUUUAGGAGACAGGUUGAACCCAACCCAAAACGCCUGAGUGCCGUCGAGAGACUGGAAGCUGACAAAGCAAAGUAUGUCAAGAGCCAAGAAGUCAUCAACGCCAAACAGGAACCCAUCAAACCUCCGAUUCUGGCCAAGCCUCCGAUCGUCCUUUCCAAGAGAACCUCUGGCGUUUGCGGCGGAGCACCACCUUUCAAACCUUCCAAUAACAACGCCAAGUCAGACACGUGCGCGACCGGCAGCGCCGGCGGCAAACGGGAGAAUUUAAACCUGGAGAUCCUAAAGAAUCUCCUUAACUCAUCGUCUUCUUCGGGAGCCGGGUCCAAAGGCCUCGGUGGUGGCGCUAAGAGUGCCGUGUUGAUGAGGUCAUCUGGGGGAUUGACAAGAAGUUGGACGCCGUCCAGGAUGCCAUUAACCUACCAAUCCACCAUGGCUCUGAACGAGCAACCCCGAGACUCUGCUCCCAGUCCCAGCACUUCACAUUCUCUGCGCUCAUUUUCCCAUUCCUUGAAAGUACCUCCGGCGCGCGGCGGCGGACGCUGCAGUCCGCAGCUGCUGGGAAACCUCAAUCUCAGCCGAGUAUCGGAUGAAAGAGGCGGCGAAGGACGGGGCGCGGAGAGAUCGCGGUCUCCGCUACCGCCGCUGCUGACGUCGCACUCCUCCUCCGACCUCCUGCGACUGUGCAACGGCAAACCGCUGCGCGCGGCGCGAUCCAGCAGCUCCUCGGCUCCGCCGCUUCCCCCGAAACCUCACCCCGCGUCCCUACCGCCUCCCGCCCUGUCGCUGCCCCCGCCUCGUCCCAAUCCGUCCCCGUCGCCCUGCGACAACCCCGCCCCUCGCGACGUCGGAGAGGCCGCCGACGCGCCGGCGGAUCCCAACCCGGAGCUCGGUUCUUCCGUCGCGCGUCGUUCCUCGCUACACAGGUCAAAAUCGGACCUGUCGGACAGGUACGCCCGGGCCGGGGCCGACGUGGAACGCUUUUUUAACUACUGCGGCCUCGACCCCGAGGAGCUGGAGGCCGUCGGGCCGGAGAGCUUCGCCCGGGCCAAUUCCGACAUCGUCAGCUUGAACUUCAGAUCGGCUUCCAUGAUUUCCUCGGACUGCGACCGCUCGCGCCGGUCCUCCAACGACGGGCUGUCGGACGGGGACGAGGCGGAAGACGAGGACGAGGAGGCCGGAGAGCGAGUUCCUUACGGCAUCUCGGCCGUGGAGCGCAACGCCAGGGUCAUUAAAUGGCUGUACAGCAUCAAACAGGCCAGAGAGACGCAAAAAGUCUCUCAUGUCUAGAUAACAAUCAAAGCGCUUCUCGUCACUGGUCUGAAACUGCUUUCGAAAGAAUACAAUGACAUGUAUGAACACCAACCGGUUCAAUUCAUUCGCAAGUAGAGGUCGACCGAUUUGGGAUUUUCAAAGGCCAAUUUUAAAAAAAUCAAUAAAUUCAAACCCUAACCCUUCACUACCCUAACCCUAAAGUCAAUUUUGUAAGCUGAUAUUUGAGGCCGAUAUUCUUCAAAUUGAUUACGAAAGGUUAUUGAAAUAGUCAUAAAUAUGUCUUCAAGAUUCAAGUUUUCUUCUGCUACUUCCUUUUGGCCACUAGGUAGUGCAAAAUCGCAAUGAAAGGGGAAGUGCAGAAUUUUUUCAAUCAGGCUUAAUGAUCGAGUUAGCGAAGGCUUAAUUAGUCGCAAGGGCGUAGGUUUGGUCCCAACAUUCAGUGUUGUCACAGAUUACUUGAAAAAGUCAUUUAUUUACGGAUUACUGAUUACUCUUCAAAAAAGUAAUCUAAUUACUUUACUGAUUACUUCAUUAUCAAAGUAACUAAGUUACUUUAAAAGUCAUCUGUCAGUUACUUUUUACCCAUUUUUCUUCCUUUGCCGCCUCAACAUAAGAAUGACAACAGAAAAAUGUCAUCACCUUUCCGAGGGGAAUAUCAGAAUUUCGCGCUAGCUUAGCCACUCCGGAGCCCUGAAACUAACAAAUAUCUGACAAACUGCUUGGAAUUUGUUGAAAUCAACUCCACCGACCAAUUAAACCCGCUAACUCUAAGAUUAAGACUAAUGUCAAAACUUCUGAAUUUUGGGUUAUGGUUAACAGCAUAUCAGAGCCAAUGUAAAAAAAUUAGGGGUGUCAAACGAUUAAAAUUUUUAAUCGAUUUAAUUACAGCUUAAAAGUUAAUUAAUCGUAAUUAAGCACAAUCGCAAUUCAAACCAUUUAUAAAAUAUGCCAUAUUUUUCUGUAAAUUAUUGUUGGAAUGGAAAGAUGAGACACAAGAUGGAUAUAUACAUUCAACAUAUGGUACAUAAGUACUGUAUAUGUUUAUUAUAACAAUAAAUCAACAAGAUGGCAUUACCAUUAUUAACAUUCUUAUAAAGCGAUCCAUGGAUAGAAAGACUUGUAGUUCUUAAAAGAUAAAUGUUAGUACAAGUUAUAGAAUUUUUGUAUUAAAACCCCUCCUAAUGUUUUCGUUUUAAUACAAUUUGUAAGAUUUUCUAUCAAAAAAUAAACUAGUACCCCGCCAUUGUUGAUGCCAAUAAUUACUUACACAAUGCUCGUGGAUGCUGAAGCCGAUAAAAUUAGUUGCCCCAAUCGCCAGCAGAGGGCGGCAAAACUCCGAAAAACACAAGUACACAUUUCACUGUGCUGUCAUUUUAAUGUUUGAGCGGGGCAUGUGCGUUAAUUGCGUCAAAUAUUUUAACGCGAUUAAUUAAAAAAAUUAAUUACAGCCCGUUAACGCGAUAAUUUUGACAGUCCUAAAAACAAUGCAAACUGACUGCACAAAAUUGCAAAGGUGGUGGCGGGCGCGGAUGCGCGUCCACUACCCGGAAGUACUCCUCUCAACACACAGGCGGUCAAUUUGGCCACAAAACGCACUUUACACUCAAUCGGACUUACAACACAUCCCACAGAUGCUAAACGAACACAUCAUGAUGUAAACAAAGCUUGCCAACUUGGAGCGAUGACUGCCCGUCGUUGCUACAGCAAAGCUACGAAACGGCCACGCAUGUAGGAAGUCCAACCUUUUGCUGAUACCCUCCAGAAUGAAGGAAAAAUACACACCUUUAUUCAUGGAUAUCCACAGAUCAACAUUCCCUCGCAACGUGUCAACACUCGGCUCCAAUGUCCACCCGCCUGGCCCACGCCUUCAGUCCCACAACACAUGUGACACGAGACCAAAACAGGAAAUAGCUAAGAGGUUGUCAUGGAAACACGUACCGGGAACCUUUUAGCAUUUUCUAUUCAAAAUGCUCUUCGUACAUGACUACAAUAAUCUUCAAUUUACAUACGUUAUGAGGCAAUGAAAAAAUAGUAACACAGAGAUACUAAGAAAACUAACUUUAAUCAGAUUACUGGUGUAGAAAAAUGAACGCGUUAGAUUACUCGUUACUGAAAAAAGUAAUCCGAUUACAGUAACGCGUUACUAACUAACGCGUUACUGACAACACUGACAACAUUGGUAGGGACGAUAUGGCAUAACCUGCUUGUACACUUUUUGCUGGGGACGGGACAUUCAUGUAAAACACUACUGCUUCUGUCCACAGCCAAACUCGACACUAAAAAUGAAAGCUCCUGUGGGCUGCUUUAAGACCAUAUAAAUAAAAUAAAAACUAAAAAUGGCGAGAAGGGGGUAAACCUUGAGUCGACUUUUGCAGGGUAGCAAGUUCACACAGUUUAAUCUUAUGCUAACUCUAAUGCCGGUCGGACUUUCAGAAACAAAAUUAGUGGUGUGUUCCCCGCUUCCACAACAUUGACCUCUUUUUUACAUUUCUUACAGUGGCUGCUGCUGGCUGAAAAAAAACCUUCUAAUAUCUCUAAUAUUUAAUGUGUGUGUGUGGGGUGGGGGAGUGGUCAAGUCAUCAGCCAAUCAAAUGUGCGUUUAGGUGGAAAAAAUAGACCGGCACACAACAAAUUCCGUGUGGUUUGUUAGUCGUUUGUUAGUUUCGGGGCUCCGGAGUGGCUAACGCUAGCGCGAGUCAAUUGGGCUGACCUAGCGUGCGUAUGCACACAUGGAAAUCAUUGACGACACAUGCAAUCAAGAGUGCAGGUUAGAAAUAUUAAAACUUACCAUUAAAUGGCUAUAAUUGCAGUAUGAAUAGCAACUAGGCUUGCGCCGGUAUGAGAUUUUGAGGGUAUGAUAACCUUAAGCAAAAAUACAGUGGUAUCACAGUAUUGCAAUUAAAGCUCUAAAAUGUUAUUUUGAGAUGUAUGGGCUGCUAAUUUUUUUUUCUUCCAUUGAACAGGAUUUUCUUUUAUUUUUCACAACAUAUUUGCAAAUUGGAACUGCAACAUAAAUAUAAUUUCAAAAUAACACUUUAAAGAUAUAGAGGUAAAACAGUCUCGAUUCAUGGUCAAAAGCAAAAAAAAAAAACAAAAAAAAAACCGUGCAGUUAGCGUUUAUUUUACGUAAAUAUGUCGAAGUACAAUGCUAGUCUGCUAGCGAAUGUAGCUAGCCGCCACCUGUUGUAAACAGCUUUUCCGGUGAAAAUUCUUGUCAAUAAAUGCUUAAAUCCCCGAAUUCUUUAAAGAUAUGGAUGUAAAACAGUCUCGAUUCAAAGCAAAAAAAAAAAAAAUGUGUAGAUAGCAUUUAUUUUACGUAAAUAUGUCAAAGUACAAUGCUAGUCUGCUAGUGAAUGUAGCUAGCCGCCACCUGAUGUAAACACCUUUCCGGUGAAAAUUCUUGUGAAUAAAUGCCCCGAAUUCUUUAAAGAUAUGGUAGUAAAACAGUCUCGAUUCUUGGUUAAAAGCAGGGGGGGGGGGGGGAAAUACAGUUAGCGUUUAUUUUACGUAAAUAUGACGAAGUACAAUGCUAGUCUGCUAGUGAAUGUAGCCAGCUGCCGCCUGAUGUCAACAGCUUUUCCAGUGAAAAUUCUUGUGAAUAAAUGCUUAAUUCCCUGAAUUCUUUAAAAAUAUGGAACUAAAACAGUCUCGAUUCCUGGUUAAAAGUAAAAAAACGUGCAGUUAGCGUUUAUUUCACAUAAAUAUGUUGAAGAAUGAUGCUAGUCUGUUAGUAAAUGUGGCGGCAGCCUUACAGCAAAGAGCUUUUUACGUGGAAAAUAUAAUAAUUACCUUGAAUCCUCGAACAAAUCACUCCUGAGACAAUCCUUCCUGUUUGUAUGCGGUACAGCUUUUGUUCUUUUUCAACAGAAUUCCGGCGUUAGAUCACUGUGAAUAGUGAUCACUUUGUGAAUAGCUUCUCUUGAUGUGGGCGUCCCCCUACUUGAAUGCGAGGCGCAGUGGCAUGACCGAUCUGACCAGUCAGUAUAUUAUACAUUAUGAAGUCUAUGAGCUAAUAUACUGGACUGUCUCAGAAAAUUAGAAUACACAAUAUUCUAAUUUUUUGAGACAGUCCUGCGUAUAUAUAC